CAGCCUUGCAUUCGGCACGAUAGAGGUGAGCUGAUGCAAGUUCCGAGGGCUGGGCUGGGCGGUCAGAGAACUGCCGAGAACCCCGUGACAUCAGUCCGAUGGGCCGAGGCAUCUGGCUCCAUACAGAGCAACCCCAUCCGCGUUAAAGCUCUCCGCUUUCCGCCUCCGCAACGCUCAACGUCUUCUUUGCUGAUCAGUUCUUGGGCCUUUUCUUCCUGCACCACUUCAAUCCACAUCACAUUCACAUAGCCAAAAUGACAGAACGCCUCAAGUCCAUCGUUGCGCAGAUCUCGCCCGCAACCAGCGGCCUGUCCGCCAUCACCACAAAGAACCCCGACGAUGUAGUCAUCACCCUCGCCAUCCGCACACCGCUCACAAAGGCCCACAAGGGCGGCUUCAAGGAUACCACGCUCGACGGCAUCCUCGUCAAGACGCUCAAGCAAGUCGUAGCGCAGUCGAAGCUUGACCCUGCCGUGGUCGAAGACAUCUGCUGCGGCAAUGUCUCCGACUCCAAGGCGGCAUACUACGUCCGCGCCGCUAUGCUCGCUGCCGGCUUCCCCAACACCACCGCCGGUUCCUCGCUCAACCGCUUCUGCUCGUCUGGCCUGAAGGCCGUGCAGGACAUUGCCAACCAGAUUGCCGUUGGCGCUAUCGAGUGCGGUGUCGCCAUGGGCGCCGAGAGCAUGACAGCCGGCGGCGACCGCCUCGAGCGCCCCUUUGUCGAUGAGAUCCUGAAGAACCCCGAGGCCUGCGACUGCAUGCAGCCUAUGGGCCAGACCUCCGAGAAUGUCGGCAAAGACUUCAACAUCUCCCGCGAGCGCCAGGACAGGUACGCUGCUGAGUCGUACCGCCGCGCCGAAGUUGCACAGAAGGCUGGCUGGUUCGACGACGAGAUUGCCCCCAUCAAGACCACCGUCAAGGACCCCAAGACCGGCGAGGAGAAGGAGGUCACACUCACAAAGGAUGAGGGCAUCCGCUACGGCACCACAUUCGAGUCGUUGUCAAAAGUCAAGCCCGCCUUCCUGCCCCACGGCGACCGGUCGCACGCUGGUAACUCGUCACAGCUGACCGACGGCGCCGCCGCCGUGCUGCUGAUGAAGCGCUCCAAGGCCGAGGCCCUGGGCCAGCCCAUUCUUGCCAAGUAUGUCGGCGCCACCGUCGCUGGUCUGCCUCCCAGGAUCAUGGGUAUCGGCCCCACGGUCGCCAUUCCCAAGCUGCUCUCGCAGUUCAAGCUUACCAUCGACGACAUCGACCUGAUCGAGCUCAACGAGGCCUUCGCCUCCAUGGCCGUAUACUGCCUCGAGACACUGAAGAUUGAUCACAACAAGCUCAACGUCAGGGGUGGAGCGAUUGCGCUGGGUCACCCGCUGGGUUGCACAGGCGCGCGCCAGAUUGUCACCGGCCUGAGCGAGUGCCGGAGGCAGAAGAAGAAGAUCCUGCUCACAAGUAUGUGCAUUGGUACUGGUAUGGGCAUGGCUGGUCUGUUCGUCAACGAGCAGUUGUAGAUUGUAGUUUAGCGAAAAGCAAUAUGUACACUGUUAUCAUGAUCACGCUCUCUCAGUCCUCCAUUGGUAGAAUCGUGGGUCACGUGUGAACGGUACGGUCACCUAUAAGUCUCCAC